AUGGCCGUGCUCCGCCGCCACAAGGCGGGGUUGGGAGCCGUUCUCAGCAAGGUGCAGGUCAGGGACAUGUCGUGGUAUUUCCAGGCAACGUCCUGCCCCCAGGGAGGCCCGCUGCCAGUGGGGCGCCUCUGGCCGGGCACCAUCCCGAUGGAAAGCCCCAGCCGUGCCACCUAUGACAAGCUGCAGGCCGAUCCCGCACUCGUCGAGCGCGAUGCCGAGGCUUUGGCAGAGUUUGAGGCGGCGCCCUGGCUGCUGCCGACGCGCUCCAAGGUGCUGCCGUAUGCGGGGGUCCACGACCUGGAGAGGCUGCUCAAGUUACGGAGCACAGCAAUCGGGCCCUACAACAAGACCAUCACUGUUGUGCUCUUCUCCAAAAACGCCUCGGUGAUGGCGCAGAAUGCCAUCUAUUCCAUGGUCAAGUUUGGUGGUGUUCGCAACUUCAUCGUGGGCACAUGGAGCCAAGAGGGGCUGGAUGUCUGUGCCGACCUCAACCUGCCCUGUGCUGAUGUGGCGGCCCACCUGCCAGAGCCUCUGGAGAACCCGUCUUCUGGCGAGUUCUACUCUGGCCACGAUUAUCUGGUUGUCAAGUGGCUGCGACGUACCCUGGUGCUGCACCUGCUGCAACAGGGCUAUGCGGUUUUGUACGUAGAUGCUGACGUGUCUUGGGUGAUGAAGCCCCUCUGGGAGAGUCACAUCAAGUUUGUGGACGAGUACGGAGCGGACGGCGCUGCUGCACCCCCAAGAGCGGCGCCAGCCAAGUUCUAG